AUGGCGCACUUGAUCAUGUCCCUCCGUGCCGUCAACCAUCGACUGACCAGUCUACCAGUUCAGCAACUUCCCGCCAUUGCUGCUUCGCUCGCGGCCUCCAUUUCAGAAUGCGGGGAGCUUCUCUCUGCCCCUCAGUCGCAAAGGAUGGGCAGGACGGACUCGGAUCAUGCGGUUCAGGUACACAAGUUGGUAACUCGUCUCUCGAGUCUUCUGCAGGACAGGUCGUUUGAGGGCCGAUGGACUGCCGUCGUUCUGAUCAAGGCCGUGGUGGAAGCAGGUCAAUGGGAGAUUCUGCGCGGUAGCGAGCCUUUCGUUCGGGGUCUCAUGGGCAUCUUGAAUAAACCCGAUCCUACUUCUACAAAGACCAUGGCCGUGAUUACCUUAACUCGCAUCUUCCAUCUAACUUACCAGUAUCCCACGCUGGUCCGCGAAAUCACAACGCCGUCGCUACCCGGAUUUGUCACAUCUACUCUGAACCUUGUCUCGGUAAAGCCCCCGUCUGAGCCCACUCGGAGACUGAAGCCGAACUCGCCUUUUCUCGAAGUUGUUCUUUGCGCCUAUUCCGAGCUCAUUGCACGGCAUCCGACUAUCUUCCGGCCGUUUACCGCGCAAAUUCACAGCGUCCUCCAGGCCCUUGUCGGCUCAAAGUCAGCAUCUCAUUCACAAUCGGUAGUGGACAUUUCCGAACAGCUGUUUAUCGCUCUCCAUCAUUGCGCGCCGAAGAAUACUGGCGGUGAGGAAUGGAAGAAUGCCUGCCGUAUGACAAUUACUUCGAUUCAUGCGACUGCGAAUCAUGUUCUGAGAGCUGUUGUAGAACAGUGGGAGUCCGUCGACCCGUCAUUACGACAGCAACUGGGGCAUUCCAUUAACUAUAGCAGUGAGGUAGGUAGUCCUAAUGCGGAUGCCCUUGGCCUAACGGGAUGGCGGGGACUCGACUCUGGUGUUGAUAGACUGCUUAUGCUGCUGCGCAUGCUCUCCACCUUCUUGAAAACUGCUACGGCUACCACUGUCUCCAUUCCAGUCGGGUCUAUCCUCGAUUUGACGGCGCGGCUGAUGUCAGUGACCGUGCCAUCCGAUGCUGGCGGCGUGCAGGCCAACCCAUCUAUCAGUCGUACAGAGAGGGAGCAUCUUUUGACAGAAUUGCCUCGCAUUCAUGCAGCUUGUAUGAGACUCCUUCGUACUUUGGUCAAUACAUUAGAGACCGCUGCUCUUCCAAUCGCCCAGACCAUCCUAGAGCAAACACUUUGGGUCUUCCGCGCAGAAAAGUUUAACAAGAAAAUCAGGGCCUCAGUCUACAACCUAAUCCACGUCCUGAUCAGCCGUAUCGGCCCUUCCAUGACCAAGAAGAACGUCUCGUCUCUCAACGACAUAGUACGAACCAGCUGCACCGACAUUCUUCCGCAGGACGCCGAAACCAGCACAAAAGAUUCCACCUCAGACUCAAAGGGCAAAUCGAAGACCAACGUCAACGCCAUAAACGCGGACUCCUUCCUCAACCCUAAUCUCAAACAAAGCCGCCAGUUGAUUAACCCUUCCAGCUCCAGCGAAUUCCCUAGACUCGCUCGCGCAGCCGCAACUCUCCUCCCAGCGAUCCUCACCAACUUACGCACAGAGUACCUCGCGCCCCCGCUCCGCGCUGAAAUCGACCGCACAAUUAUCAUGACUUCGUCCAAGGACGCAAUGUUUGCCAGUGUUCUCAACCCCUUCCCCGCGGCGCGCGGCCGCGGAGCAAAUAUCAGCAUUGUCCCCUUCCUUGCAAGAAGUUACGCCUCCGAAAUGGACGUUGAAGCGCUUAUCCGGCCGCGGAUGCCCGUUCUCACAAACACGAACGCUAUUGGACAGUAUGUUGCUCCAGAAGAUGAUGAAGAGGAGGAGGAAGAAAUCAUCGACCCUGCCUCGGCUUCUGAGACCCUCCCCGAAUCGACUGGACUCUUACAACAAUCCACGACACCAAAUCUCCAGGCUCUCGUCGACUCGAAAUUAUCCGCAAUCACAACAACAACCACAUCAUUAAGCAAACGCACGUACACCGAAGAUCCAGCCACUCAAACUCAACAACCCCUAAUCUCAUCAAACACCUCGACCAAUCCCGGUGGAGUCCAAAUCAAAAAAGCAAGAGUGGAGAGCACAGUAUCUACAUCCCCUCUUGGUCAAUCCGAGCCUGUCUCUUCGACAACGACGAUACAGUCCAGUUCUUUCAAGGAAGACACGUCCAUGCUCGAUGUCGAUGUCGAUGCUGUAGCUUCAAGUAGUUCAGGGCCUGUUACUGCGGGGCAGAGCUCGGUUUCUCAAGUGCAAACCGCUACGCAGCCCUUGGUGAUGGAUGAAGAUAGCGAUGAUGAGAUGCCGACGCUCAAUAUUGAGCCGGAUACUGAUGAGGAGGAGGAGGAGUAA